AUGUAUUCAAUCACACCCGCGUCCACGCCAACAAGGAGGAAACGGCCCUUGAGAGAUGUUUCCAAUUCGCACAAGGACCACGUCCAACUUCCACCGACUCCAACAAAGACACCCUCCCCCAAAAACAACAAGAAAUUGAAACUAGAUGUAGAACUGGCGAGUAUAUCGUGUAAGAGGAAAUUGGUAUUCACGCCCACACCGAAGAAGGAGACGAAGCAAGACGAAAUUGACCUACCGACAACACCAAGCCCGAGCCCGAGCACAAGGCCAUCCAAAUCCAUAUCCGUUCCCAGAUCCAGAUCCAGAUCUAAUAUUAGAACUUCCAUUUAUUCCCAAUGCAAAAAUCUAUUUCAGCGAGGAUACAAUGGUCAAGGUGAAAAUGGCUCGGUUCUAGUCGGGCGAGAAGCAGAAGCGUCGUUUCUCAAUAAUUUCAUUCAACAGAGUAUAGCUCUGAAUCAAGCAAGCAGCUUAUACAUUUCAGGACCACCGGGCACGGGCAAGACGGCGCAAGUCUCGUUGAGCUUGCGUCAGUUUCAGCACUUGCCAAAUGUCAAGAUUGCCAAUAUCAAUUGCAUGACUUUGUCUACGCCUGAACUGAUAUAUCAUGAGUUGUAUUGCUCAUUAGUUGACGAUCAAGUCAACUCAUCCGUGGCAACUACACCGAGAAAGAAAAAAACAUAUGAUAAUCUCCUUCUGUUGUUGAAUCAUCAAGUCCAAACUGAUAAAAUCGAGCAUGUCCAAAUUAUGGUUUUGAUUUUGGAUGAAUUGGAAGCAUUGUUGACUCGUUCGCAGCAAGUGCUAUACAGUUUGUUUCUGAUUGCCAAUGCCAACUCCAAAGUCCCAACUAGAAUCAAAGUGGUGCUAGUGGGGAUAUCCAACACGUUGGACUUGAACAACAAGUUUCUCCCGAAAUUGUUCCAUAAUGACCUUAUCCCCGAGUCUUUACAGUUUUUACCUUAUUCAGCCGCACAAAUAAAAUCCAUAAUUCAAUCGAGACUAGAGCCAUUGGAUGACAGCUUGUUCCAUCCUGCAGCGUUACAGUUUUGUUGUCAGAAAGCUGCUUCCUUGUCUGGUGAUUUGCGCAAGGCAUUCGAUAUAUGUUACAAGAGUAUCGAGCUUGUCGAACGGGAACAACAGCAGCAACAGAAAGAAAACAGGGAGUCCGAUGUUGAAGUGGCUAAAGCAAAAGUGAUGAUUUCGCAUAUUGCCAAAGUAUGCACUGAAUCAUUCCAAAACGACAAGUCGAUAGCAGAGCUAAACUUGUUUCAAAAAGCCAUCUUGUGCCAGUUAUUCAACUGUCAAGUGGAAUUCAAGUUUAGAGACGUUACCAUCAAUCAGUUUUUCGAUUUUUAUCAGAGACAAGGCCAAGUCAACAAGAUCUUGGGUGGGGUUAAAUAUGGUGAUUUUUUGGAAAUUUUGACUGCUUUGGAGAGCAACAAUUGCAUUGUAUUGGGAGGUGCCAAGGCGACGAUGCGGAACAGCACCAGCAAAAAAAGAGUUGCUAAUGAUGGAGGGAUGAAGUGCGUCAAGUUGAAUGUCGAGUACGAUGAAAUCGCCAAGGCUAUUGAAGGAAUUGAGUUGUUGAAAAAAGUGUUGAAGAAGAGGACCACCGUUGCUGAACGUCUAUCGGCAUUGUAA